UUCGUUUGUCUGAGUUUUGCUCAUAGCUACGAAAAUAAAGCGUACGUUAGUACUUAUGUACACAAUAGUCCCUUGCAUAUAUCGUCAAGGGUAAGCAUUGCGUGAAGAAAAAGCGGCUACACUAUUGGUUAAAACUAACCUAAACUAUAGACGAAUAACCUUCGUUGAGGUGCCAUCGACGUGCUGUUUAUUGUUUAGAACUCGAAGUACAAUUCAAAUAAAUGUUGUGAAUAUUGAUAAUUGAAGCUGUAAUUGCUUAAAAUCAGAAUAAAUCAUGACUGUUCUCAGACUUUUUAAUUUUCGUUCAUUCAAUGCUUCAAAUUGCAGAAAUCUAUUGACCUCAAAGCAUGCUUUAAAUAAUGGUGAAGAGCAACAUGCAGCUUACAGUGUCCUCAAAGGAAAAUUUUUAGAAAAAAUUGGCGUACCUUUGCCUCCAAAAAAGCCUUUAAAUCCAUAUAUAAAGUUUGUAAAAGAACUCAGGCCCAAAGUAGUUCAAAAUCAGCCAGAUUUGAAAGCAACAGAUAUUGUUAAAGUCAUGGCUGAAGAAUGGCGUAAUUGUGAUCCAGAAUUAAAAAAAUCUUAUCAAAAGAAAUUUUUAUUGGAAAUGCAAGAUUACUUGGCAGCACUUGAAAAGUACAACAACUCCAUUUCUAAAGAACAAAGAGAUUUAAUUGAUGCUGCAAAAGUAAAACAAAAGAAACACCUUGAGCAGACCAAGAUUUUAGCAAAACAGGAAGAAUUAGGAAAACCGAAGAAACCAUUUUCACCAUUUUUAGGAUAUUUAGAGGAGAAAAAAGCUUACUGGAAAGAUGGAAAUUAUCAAGCUUUUCUCAAAGAAAUGAGUCAGGAAUGGAAAAACAUGUCAGAUGAUUUGAAGCAAAAAUAUGUUAUGAAAACUAAAGCUCAGAUGGAUAAGUAUAAAGAAGAAAUUAUGAAGUGGGAAGAAAGAAUGAUCAGGGAAGGACAUUUAGAUGUAGUAAGAAGUAAAAACAUUUUAGGAAAAAAAUCUAAAAAGACACCUAAAGUUGUUGAACAAUAAUUAUAGAUAACAAUAUACUUUUUAUGACAGAUCAUGCCACAGACUGCUUUUUAUAUAUUUUUAAUUACUAUAGAUAAUAAAAUAAAUAUUUCCAAUAAUAUAAACUGUAUGUACAAAAAUUUUUUAUAAGUAAUUUUCAAUUUGAACAACA